CGGGUAUCCAAUUUACUGUUGUCUCAUAAAACUUCUUUUCUUAAGUCGCUUGCAAUGGAGAAUGUGUAAAACUUAAAUUGAUUUGAUUUUACUGGUUGACAUCCAUCAGGUUCUGCAUAAUAUUUGUCAAAUUCUACAUAAUAUCUGUCAGAUUUUAUAUAACAUUCAUCAGAGUUCAAACAAUAUGUUAGAUUCUACAUUCUUAUUGUUGACAUACUAGAAAAUGUCUGAUGGUAAAAGGAUUACUUUAUCUGUUUCUUUUGAAAAACCAAAGCUUGGUAACCCUGAUAAUAACAAGACUCAAAAUGAAUUAGUUCAUAGAUAUAAUUUGAAUCUGUUUCCAUCUAAUGAUGCAUCAUUUCCGGAGUUUGAUUAUUCUUUGUUACUCAAAUCAGAACAAAAAGUAAAUUCAACUGCAGAUUCAUCAUUAGAUAAUUUUGAGGAAGAUUCCACAUUAAAAGCACUGGCAAAAAAAUUGGAACAAAAAUAUGGUUCUGCAUCACUAAAUGAAAAAAAAAAAGCAAGCAAGCAUUUAGAUACUUUUGACAUAGGUUAUGGAUAUGAUGAGUCAGAUUCAUUUCUUGACAAUUCUGAAGCAUAUGAUGAAGUUGUUCCUUCUGACUGGACAACUGAACAUGGUGGGUUUUACAUAAACGAAGGGAAUUUAGACUUCAAACCAGUAUCUCAGAGUGCCAAUGAUAAAAUACUGCAAAAGGUGUUUGCAAGUGGCAAAAAAAGAAAGAGAAUUAUUCCGAAGGAAUUAAACACUGAAAAGAAAAAAAAACAGUUUUUAAACAAGGAGAAACAAAGAAAAAAACUAGAAGCUUUAAACAAGGCACAAAAAAUACUUUUUAAAAAAAAGCAUAAAAAGAAUAGCUCUGUUGUUCAUGAUGAGACUUCUCAAGAUGGUGGUUUGAACAAAUCCCUAGAAGAUGAUCUGCCGCUAUCUAAAAUUAAAGAAUCAGUAAAUGGUUCGUCAGAUAAAAAAAUUGUACCUGAGAAUGAUAAGAAACAAGACGUUAUAAUUACAAGUACAGUUCAAACAAGUAGCAUCACUUUUCAACAUAAAAGUCUUGUAAAUACUCUUGUCAACAAUAGCUUAAUAACAACUGCAAUUACCAAUAUGUCUAACAAACAAAAAACAGAAAAUGAAAGUCUUAAAAACUCUCCAGUUAAAGUUGAAUCCCCUCUACCAAGUGGUCUUAAUGAGAAUUUGUUGUUUUUUAUCAAACAGUUAUGUUCUUUUGCAUCUAUUCACAAUAAAGGAUCAUUUUUUACUCCAGAAGUCAACCAGACUUUGCUAAAAUUUGCUCGAGAGUGUAAGGUUUUAUCGCCUAGAUUAAGAAAUGGAGUAUACGAACAUGUAUCAUUUUAUUUGCCAUGUGCUAAAGAUACAUUGCGUAAAAGAUGUCAGCGUCUUAUUGUAAAGGAUCAGCAAGAUCUUGAAGAUGUACCUUUAAAACUUUUGAAGGAAGCCAUUGAAAAGAACAUGGUUGAACAGAAAAAAAAUUAUGAGGAUCAAGUUGAUGAAACUAUACAAGAACAGGCUAGAGAACAAAUUAAGCAUACUGGGCUUGAUCCUAUAAAGUCAAAUGAGAGUCAAGAUGUUGAUGCCAAAGUCAAAAAAUAUACUCCAAAGAAGAAGUUUGUUUGGCAUGAUGAUAUAAGAAAGUUACUCUGCGACGUUGUACAAGUGAAAGUAAAUAAGUUUUCAAAGUCAAAUAAAAGCAUGUCAGCUGAGGAAUAUAUAAAGGACUUUUUGGAGUCUGAGAUUAGAAAAUUAUGGCCUAAAGGUUGGAUGACAAGUAGAGUAUUGUAUAAAGAAUGCCGUGCAACACAUAAUGCUAUAACCCAGCCAUUGAAAGUAAAAAAAUUUAAAACUGACUCUACUAAGGAGUGUUCUGUAGUUUCAUCAGUUUCUUUAUCUGAAAAGAGUUCAAUUACUUUAAAUGGAUCACCUCUUUCUACUACCACAUUGAAUGAUUCUGGAAUCAAGAAUCCUGUUGUUCACAAUAGCAUUUCCAAACCUAUUUCAAAUGACCUAACUUUACUAAAUGUUUCUUCACAAUGUAAACAAGUUGCACCUGUUACAUCAAGAAUUAUGACAACUAAUAGUUUGACUUUAAUAUCUAAUUCUCCGCCAAGUAGACAAAUUAUUUCUGUUACUACAGACAAUAAAUGUUCUAUAUCUUCAUUGAAGUUAGUAGACGUUUCUUCAUCUGAGUCAAAAUUAGUUAUAAAUUCAAAUUUUUCUCCCUCUUCACACACAAACAGUUUAUUAAAGCAAAGUAUGCAACAUUCUGUGGGAUCUCGUGACUCCCAUCAAGCAUCACCAUUAAAUAAAUCACAUAUCGCAGUAAUAGAAAGAUCAAAAAACACAAUUUACACUCAAUCAAGCUUAUCUUCAACAGAUUCUUCACAAAUUAGUAAAAAUAAUAUCUGUAAAUCAAAUCAAACAUACACUCACGUUCCUGAAUACAAUUAUUCUCAUAAUAUCAGCUUCUCUUCCAAUUUAAACCAAUCAAAAACAUUACAACCUAAAAACAGCAAAGUGACGCUUACUUCACCUAUGGUAAAUUUUACUUACAACACUACUGAAAAUCGAAUUUGUAUACCAACUUUGGGAAAAGCUUCAAAUCAGUUUAUUUAUGCACAAAACAAUCUUAAUCAACCUAAAUUUAGAAGUACUGUGGGGACUACAGUUUCUAACAAUAUAUCAGAAAGUUGGCGAAAAGAUAGCAGUUGUUUAUCUAGAUUACCUUUUGAUGCAAAUCAUAAUGCAAAGUAUUUAAAGGACAAAGACAGUAUAACAUCUAAUAAUCUCUCUAAACAUGAUUGGAAUCAUCCUAAUAAGUUUAGAACUAGUACUAGUACUGUGCCUGUGUACCCUAGACGUGUUGACACAAUAGUAAUAACUGAUGAUGAAAUUAACAGAAAUGUUUUAUCUUCUGAAAUCUAUAAUAUUCAAUCCAAAAACAGUGAACGUACCUCUAACUCCCAUUUGUUAUCUCAGCAUUUAGUUAAAACAUCAUUAAUAGCGAAAUCACCAAAUUUAAAUUUAUUUGAAAGUACCUCCUCUUCUCGUGCACUUGCCCCCCAACAAGUUAUUGAUAAUUUGACUUCUCCUCAAAAGUCUAUUGAUAUUUUUACCAAAAAUAAUGGAGCAAGCAACGUUGGUCAACACUUUUCAUCUUUGGAACAUCCUCGAUCACUUCAAAAAAUUCAAGAUGCACAAAUAGUUGUUUCAGCAACAUCUUCUAAUAGUCCAUACCAACAACACAAUAGUGAUCAUAUACUCCACUAUCCGUUGAAGUUCAAUCAGCUCUCCUCUCACCAAGGAACUGAGCUUGGUUCUAAUAAAAAUAACCAUUCGUAUUGUCAACCAGCUAAUUUGUUUUCUUCUCAAUUAAUUAAUGAUCAUAACCAGAAAAUAAACUCCUCAGAAGAAGUUGAAAUGAUUAGAAAAGAGUUUCUUGGAAGCUCAGCAGGUAACAUAUCCUUCGACUCAAAAUAUAGAUGAAGUAGAUGACUCAAAAUACAGCGAUCGUUUAAAUUCAAAAAUAUUUCCGUUUAAGAAUGAGUUUUUUAACUUAAUUAGCAUUCGGGGUUUAUUUAUGGUUGGUAAAAAAGGAUUGCUAAAAAAAAUUUUGAAUUCAAUUUAGUUAAAAUUAAAUUUUUCUGUAAA